CCAUGUUUCUCGAGGAUUGUAACCCUACAGAUGAAGAUUUUGCACCAAGCUGCGGUAAAGAACAGGAGUCACUGCUCCACAGAUCCAGAAGGCCACUUGCUAAACGCGAUUUCUGGUCCACUGCAGUGCCUCUUGUGUGUAUCAUUUGCAACAUCAUUGUUCUCUGUACGUCCAUCGGCAUUCUCAUUGCAGCCGGCAGACGUGCCGCACAAUGUGGCGAAAACAUUCCGAGCGUCAUGCACGCAACACUAGACACCAAAUUGUCUCCUUUCGAUCAACGCACAUUGCCCUUGUUGACAAUGAUACUCAACUCUUCCGCCAAAGCCGUGAUGGAGUCUCCCUACAUCGGGCGCCCAAGUGCUGAGAUCGACGCAGCUUGGGAAAUGGCUGGAAGCCGAGAUCCAAUUGCAAUCACCGCUGAUAAGGUCAUGGCCUUGGGCAAGGACCUCUCCACCGCUGCGCGAUGGCCAGAAUCAUUCAAUCUAGGCUCCGAGGCAUACAUUGCUGCUCCAAGUGCUAUGCACCAUAUUCACUGCCUGGACCAGAUUCGACGCAACCUCGACUUUGACCAUUACUUUGGCGCGCGCUUUCCCGAUGGACAGAAGAGCAAACUCCAUCAGCUCCAUACGGACCAUUGCCUCUACAUAAUUCUGAAACAGCUCAUGUGCCGGCCUAGCAUGGGAACGUAUGUUUUCGACUGGGUCGAGGGAAAUCUAAGCCCAUUCCCAGACUUCAACGUCGAGGAAAAGUGUGUAGACUUUGACCAGUUCAUAGCCCAGCACCGGGAAGUGGCGAUUCCUCGCGAAAGAAUGCUUAAGCUGAGAGUCCCGGAAAGUCAAGACUACCUAAAGUCUUCGGAUGAGAUUAAAAGUGCUUUAGAAAUCAUAAGUUAGUAGCCGAAACGGCUUGUAUAUAGAUAUUCCAGCGGACGUAAGCCAAUGUUUUACGGGGCUUGUAUAUAUACUUUACUACUAUUAUACUUAGACGAAUAUAAGUAUAGAGCUACUAG